AUGGAGAUUCUAUCUUGGAUUAGAAUACCUUUGAUUCGAUUUAUCAUUGCUUCUUUCAACUCACCAAGAGUAAACUGCCAGCAUUUUAAAAGAACUGAUUCGGGAGUGAGCUUUGCUCAGUUUGUGGGAAAUCCAUUUACAAGACUAAACGCUUCAUUUCUAGCAACUUUGCAGGUUUCGAGUCUUGGUGAAUGUACCUUCGAAUGCAUCAACCAUCACGACUGUUUCUCUGUUAACUUCGGUAACCGAGUCCAUGGAACACAUACAUGUGAGUUGAUAAACAGCGACAAGUUUAACCAGCCAGACAGGUUUGCUAUCAACCAAGAGUUCUACCAUUACAAUAUCGAGGUUUCGAGUCUUGGUGAAUGUACCUUCGAAUGCAUCAACCAUCACGACUGUUUCUCUGUUAACUUCGGUAACCGAGUCCAUGGAACACAUACAUGUGAGUUGAUAAACAGCGACAAGUUUAACCAGCCAGACAGGUUUGCUAUCAACCAAGAGUUCUACCAUUACAAUAUCAAGACACCUUGCAUGUCGAAUCCAUGCAGAAAUGGCGGCACAUGUCAGCCGAUCUAUGACAGAGAAGAUUAUCGAUGCUUAUGUCCAAUUGCGAAUGUUAUUGGAAAAAACUGUGAAAAUUCAAGAGUAAACUGCCAGGAUUUUAAAAGAACUAAUUCGGGAGUAAGUUUUGCUCAGUUUGUGGGCAAUCCAUUUACAAGACUAAAUGCUUCAUUGCUAGCAACUUUGCAGGUUUCGAGUCUUGGUGAAUGUACCUACGAAUGCAUCAACCAUCACGACUGUUUCUCUGUUAACUUCGGUAACCGAGUCCAUGUAACACAUACAUGUGAGUUGAUAAACAGCGACAAGUUUAACCAGCCAGACAGGUUUGCUAUCAGCCAGGAGUUUUACCAUUACAAUAUUAAGACACCUUGCAUGUCGAAUCCAUGCAGAAAUGGUGGCACAUGUCAGCCGAUCUAUGACAGGGAGGAUUAUCGAUGCAUAUGUCCAUUGGCGAAUCUUGUUGGGAAAAAUUGCGAAAAUUUGUUAUGCAACGAUGAGACCUUAGACAUCUGCACAAAGGUGACAUUUUCGUGGGAAGUAGAAUCUAAAAACUCACAGAAUGCUGCGUUCUCCGGCUGCGACUCCGCUCAGAUCAAUAAAGGAGAUGAAUUGCUUUUUAUGAUAACCAGAGGAAGUUUGUCCGACUAUGGGAAGUACGAAAUCUUGAAAGUGGAAGAAGUCAAAGGUUGCAACGUCACAUUGAGCAAUGCCUUCACCCACCAAGAGAUAUCUGAUGGCAAUUAUGAGAUUGCUCAAUUAUUUCCAAGUUAUGACAAAGUCACACUGAGCAACAACUGCAUUCUGACAUGUCGACAGCAAAGCAAUGGACAUGGCGGGAUCCUGGCUCUAAGAGCGAAAAGAAUGAAUAUCGAUGGAACCUCCAAGAUAUUAACUACUGGAAAAGGUUUCCGUGGUGGACAAGGUGGUGACUCUAGGGGUGGGGGUGGUUAUGGCGGCGAAUCAUUCCUCCAUCUUGUGACAGGAAACAAUGGAAAAGGAGGAGAUAUUUCCGGAACCUCCUGGACUGUAAACACAAACGGACUUGGAGGUGGUGGUGCAGGGGAUACAUCCGGUAGCCAAGGAGGUCCCGGAGGAUGGAAUGCCGGAGGGGGAGGGGCUGAUUCUGCUAUUAAUAGUGAUGACGGUGCCGGUGGAGGGGGAGGAGGUGGCCAUUUUUCUGGUGGUGGGGGUGGUGGUGGUGGAGCAGGUUGUAGUGAUGGAGGGAAAGGAGGAACAGCAUCUACUGUUGUAAGUAAACAAGUUUUUAUGUUGGUACGUUUCUUUGUCUUCUUGUUUACUUUUCCUUUUUGUCUACUUGAGUUUUUUUCGUAUUUCAAUUCUGAUCAAGAUCAGAAUAAGCAGAAUUCAAUUCUAAACACGAUCGAAAUUUUAUAACAACGAUGCUGGCAAUGUUGCUUCUACGUAAUGGUUGUAAUUGGUUAUAAAAUGCAUCCAAUUUUCCAAGAUGAUAGCUGAUCAUUUAUCUUACGCUGAUCAGUAAUUGAUAACAAGCAGUAUCUGACAUUCCGCCG